UGGGAAGGGUGGAACCCCUGGCCAUAGCAAGGGGCUGUGGCCUUAACUGUUAGGUCUCAGAGGGACCUCCACAGGAAGAUUUGCUCUUUCGGUCUGCCCAGCCUUCUAGAACAGGAAAGAGAGAAUCAAUCAGAAAGAAAAAUGUCCCUCCCGUCCUCUUUCCGCCAUCUCUCCGUGCUGCCACAACGGUGCGCAUGAACGUCCUGGCAGCUGCUCUCAAAAGCAUUAACAAUGCUGAAAAGAGAGGCAAACGCCAGGUUCUUAUCAGGUCAUGCUCCAAAGUCAUCGUCCGAUUUCUCACUGUGAGGAUGAAACAUGGUUACAUUGGCGACUUUGAAAUCAUCGAUGAUCACAGAGCUGGGAAAAUUGUUGUGAACCUCACAGGCAGGUUAAACAAGUGUGGAGUGAUCAGCCCCAGAUUUGAUGUACAACUGAAAGAUCCAGAAAAAUGGCAGAAUAAUUUGCUCCCAUCCCAUCAGUUUGGUUUCAUUGUACUGACACCCUCAGCUGGCAUCAUGGACCAUAGAGAAGCAAGAUGAAAACACACAGGAGGGAAAAUCCUGGGAUACGUUUUCUAGGGAUGUAAUUCAUAUGUGCAAAUAAAAUGCCUCAAUGGAAAAAAAAUAAGAAAGAAAGAAAAAAAGAAAAAAUGGUCACUCAUGGCCAUACCUGUGCAGGAGAAAAGCAAGAUACAACAUUGUAUGUUUACUAUGAUUGAAAUUUUGGGAAAAAGAUAUACCAAGGGUUAUCUCUGGGUGGUGAAAUAACAGGUAAAUUUACAUCUUUUUCCUUA